UUACCGUCGUAAAUCUAUUAAACAAAAGAAGAACAACCUUAGGUGGCACAGAGUUGAAAGGAAACAUAAACUGUCUUAACUGUCACACUGACAGAAUUACUAAACAUCUCAAUAAUAUUGGAAACCAAAUUUUGCCGAAUCACUUUUUAGAAAUUUCACAAAGUGCCCGAAAAUGAGCUUUGGACUUCCCUCGUUAAAAGCAAAGCCCUGCCAGGCAAGUGAGUAUGGUUUCGAUCAGGGACAAUUUGGGGUACCAGACGUGAUGAAAAGCGGCCUGGGAUCAGCCAAGAGCACCUUAGAGAAUGUGCAUCCAUUGGCCCAGUCUGAGAAGAACUAUCGUCAAAAUGUGGACAUGAUGAACAUGCAGAUUCUGCGAAAUAUUCAAGGGAUGCACGCCCCUUUGAAACUGGCAAUGGAAAUAAGGGCGGCGAAUAAAAUUGGACACUUGCCUUGCCUGCAAUCCUCAAGGGUUAUGUUCGAUUCCCUGACUGGAAGAGACUUGGAAAUCUCCCCUGAAGAUGUGUUUAAUACAGGGGAAUUUUUGGAGGUGGUCGGGCAGCCCCAUGCCAUAGUGGAGAAAUCAUUAGGGAUUUUAUAAGUGUAAAGGUUAUUUUUUAAUAAAAUUAUUUCAACCAA